UAUAUAGUUAGUCGUGAAAAAGGUGUUCGUGAAGGAAAAAAAUGCAGUUAUUUUAAAUUUCUACAGACGAACAAUAAUAAUCAAUCAUGCGUUCCAAGGUGUUAGCAUUGUUCAGGAGUCUCCAUCGGACUAGCCAGAGUACAUUCAUGGGAGAUGAAGUAGCAUUGAAUGCUGCUCGGAAAAGAAUUAAUGAUGAGUUCAGAGAAAACAAAGAUGAGACUGACCCAGAUGAGAUUAAACAUAUGAUUAAGGUUGGUGUGGACGUAGAGCUUCUGAUGAAGAAAACAAUAGUGCAAGCAAAACUCAACAAGAAGGGUCGAUAUGAGAUCAGGGUCACUGAGGACACACUGAGGGAAGACAAUGCACCACCUUCGUCAAAACAGAAAGCCCCCGAGACGAACAGAACAGAAACUAACACCGAGGCAAGGUGACACAUGUGGCACAAACUUGAACGGAAGCGGAGUUUGUAAAUAGGUGAACAUUAAAUCCAAUGAGCUCUUUACAAGUUGAGCUCUAUAGGAGCUCGCCAGUUUGGCUGGACAUUUUUUUAAAGGCAGUGGACACUAUUGGUAAUUGUCAAAGACCAGUCUCCUCAGUUGGUGCAUCUCAAC